UGAAGAGGAGGCCUGAGAGCGACAUGUCCUCGGCAGCUGAAGCAGAGCGGCCCGUGGCGCUGUGUUUCUGAGUGUGGGGCGGCCUGGCGGUCGGCCGAGGACUGGGGUCAGCGGGGGCUGCCCCAGCGGUGGUGGCCGCCAUGCUGGGGGGCCGGGUGGUUAAGGGAGCCGCUGUGGCCCUCUUGCGGCGGCGGUGGCGGCUGCUGCUGCUGCCGCCGCCGCCGGCGCUCAGGGGGCCGGGGCUCGGUGUGGCUGGUGCGGCUGGUGCGGCUGGGGCUGGGCUGCCUGAGAGCGUCAUUUGGGCCGUCAACGCAGGCGGCGAGGCGCAUGUGGACGUGCACGGGAUCCACUUCUGCAAGGACCCCUUGGAAGGCCGGGUGGGCUGAGCCUCAGACUAUGGCAUGAAAUUGCCAAUCCUGCAUUCUAACCCUGAAGACCAGAUCCUAUAUCAAACUGAGCGGUACAAUGAGGAGACCUUUGGCUAUGAAGUGCCCAUCAAGGAGGAGGGGGACUACGUGCUGGUGUUGAAAUUUGCCGAGGUCUACUUUGCACAGUCCCAGCAGAAGGUAUUUGAUGUUCGAUUGAAUGGCCAUGUCGUGGUGAAGGACUUGGAUAUCUUUGAUCGUGUUGGGCACAGCACAGCUCAUGAUGAAAUCAUCUCUAUGAGCAUCAGAAAGGGGAAGCUGAGUGUCCAGGGGGAGGUGUCAACUUUCACAGGGAAACUCUACAUCGAGUUCGUCAAGGGGUAUUAUGACAAUCCCAAAGUCUGUGCACUCUACAUCAUGGCUGGGACAGUGGAUGAUGUGCCAAAGCUUCAGCCUCAUCCAGGAUUGGAGAAGAAAGAAAAGGAGGAAGAAGAAGAAGAUUAUGAUGAAGGGUCUAAUCUCAAAAAACAAACCAAUAAGAACCGGGUGCAGUCAGGCCCCCGCACACCUAACCCCUAUGCCUCGGACAACAGCAGCCUCAUGUUUCCCAUCUUAGUGGCCUUUGGAGUCUUCAUUCCAACCCUCUUCUGCCUCUGCCGGUUGUGAGAACAAAUGACCAUCCUGAACAGGGUGGAGGGGUGUGGGAAAGAAACCAAACAUGUUGGUUUCUGUGUUUUUCACAAUGAUUAAUGAAAAAACAAAAAACAAACAAACAAAAAAACCACACACACACACAAAUUAAAG